AUGGCCAAGUUCCAGGAGGCGGUGACGUUCAAGGACGUGGCUGUGGUCUUCACGGAAGAGGAGCUGGGGCUGCUGGACCCGUCCCAGAGGAAGCUGUACCGAGACGUGAUGCUGGAGAACUUCCGGAACCUGGUCUCAGUGGGACACUGGAAUCAAAAUGAGAUAGAAACUCUUCAAGAAGUUGGGUUAAGGUAUCUUUUCCAUGAAGACAUUGUGUGCUGGCAAAUAUGGGAACAGCUUAUAAAUAAGUUAACCAGAAAUCAAGACUUGAUAAAAAAUCUGCAAGGCAAGAUGUCUGAUUUGCCCAAACAAGAUGAUUCCUCCUUUCAUUUGUGGGCUGGAGAAUCUACUCAAGUUUCUGAAGAUGAGAACUGUGCAAUAAAGUUUCCAGGGAAAGUUAAAAGUUCUAAUAGUAUAAAAAGUCAGGAGUUUCCAAUUAAGACCAACAUGAAUUUCUGGAAGAAAAUGUAUCUCAGAGAGUCACAGAAUUAUCAGAAUAGGUGUCAGCAGAUUGAUGGAAGAUGUAAACUGUACAAGUGUGAUCGUUGUGUUAUGAGAAGGACCUCUCAUGACCACGAUGAUGAUCAGGAAGUACAGAAAGGCGUGAAGUCUUGUAGCCACAAGAAUUGUGGAAAAGACUUCAUGAACAAAUCAUUCCAUCCUAGUGUAAUCAACUCAGGCAAGCAAACCUCUGAUGAGAAUAGAAAAGGCCUUGGGCCCAGUCUUGAAGUUCAUCAGCAGUUGCACCAAGGAGCAAAACCCCAUAUUUGUAGUGAGUGUGGGGAGGGUGUCAGUUAUAGUUCAAUGCUUUGCUCUCAGCAAAGUAUUCCCAUAGAAGAGAAAUGCAAUAGGAAUGAUGAGUGUGGUGAGGACUUCAGUCAAAACUCACAUUUGCAAAUUCAUCAGAGAGUCAACACGGGAGAGAAACCCUACAAAUGUGGCGUUUGUGGGAAGGGCUUAAGUCGGAGUUCAUAUCUUCAAGCCCAUGAGCGAGUCCACACAGGAGACACACCCUACAAAUGUGCUGUGUGUAGUAAGUGCUUCAGUCGGAGUUCACAACUUCAAGUCCAUCAGCGAGUACACACUGGAGAGAAACCCUACAAUUGUGCUGUGUGUGGUAAGAGCUUCAGUCAUACCUCAACUCUUCAAUCUCAUCAACGAACCCACACAGGAGAGAAACCCUACAAAUGUGCUGUGUGUGGGAAGGGCUUCAGUCAGAGUUCACUUCUUCAAGAUCAUCAGCGAGUCCACACAGGAGACGCACUGUACAAAUGUGCUGUGUGUGGGAAGAGCUUCAGUCGGAGUGCACAUCUUCAAGCCCAUCAGCGAGUCCACACUGGAGAGAAACCCUACAAAUGUUCUGUGUGUGAUAAGAGCUUCAGUCGGAGUUCAAAUCUUCAAGUUCACCAGCGAGUCCACACUGGAGAGAAACCCUACCAAUGUGGUAUGUGUGGGAAUAGCUUCAGUUGGAACUCACAACUUCAGUACCAUCAGCGUGUGCACACUGGCGAGAAAACCUACAAAUGUGAUGAGUGUGGGAAAGGCUUCAUGUGGAGCUCGUGUCUUCAUGUUCACCAGAGGAUCCACACAGGAGAGAAACCCUUCAAUUGUACUGUGUGUGGGAAGAGCUUCAGUCGAAUCUCAAGUCUCCAAGCUCAUCAGCGUAUCCACACUAGGGAGAAACCCUACAAAUGUGCUGUGUGUGGGAAGAGCUUCAGUUGGAGUUCACAUCUUCAAGACCAUGAGCGAGUCCACACAGGAGAGAAACCCUACAAAUGUGCUGUGUGUGGGAAGAGCUUCAGACGGAGUUCACAUCUUCAAGCCCAUCAGCGAGUCCAUAGAGGAGACAAAUCCUACAAAUGGCUGUGUGGAAAGAGCUUCAGUUGGAGGUUACAUCUUCAAGACCAUGAGCAAGUCCACACUGCCAAGAAGUCCUACUGAUGUGAAGAGUGUGGGAAAGGCUUUAUGAAGAGCUCGUAUCUUCAUGUUCAUCAGAGGAUCUACACAGGAGCAAAACCCUACAAAUGUGUGUGGAAGAUCUUCAGUCAGAUCUCAAGUCUUCAAGUUCAUCAGCAAGUUCACACUGGGAAGAAGCCAUGGAAAUGUGAGACGUGUGGUCAGGGCUUUAGUUGCACUUCAGGUCUUCAGGAACAUCAACAAGUGCACAAUGGAAACAAAUCCUGCAAAUGUGCUGUGUGUGGGACAGGCAUCAGUCAGACCUCAAGUCUUCAGGUUCAUCAUCCUAUCUAA